AUGCUUCUGCAAAACCUGGUUCUGUUCCUUGCUGCUGGGUUGUCCGCGGCCCUGCCCAGCCAGAAUUCUAUCGCGGUUCGCGAUGAGCGCACUUCUCUCGCUGAGCGUGCAACGCACCAUGGCAUAGCUACCAUCUACUUCCAGGGAGGACGCCCAGGCUCGUGUCGCCAGACAAACCCAGACAGCGCCAUGAUUGUUGCUCUCUCCUACAUUCUGCAGAAGAACGAGUCUCCUGGGCCAUACUGCGGCCGCAAGGUUAGGAUCAGAAACACCGGAAGUGACGACGUGAACGUGAAGGGCAAAGGCAACCUUAUUUUUGCCACCGUCGCUGACACAUGCCCUUCUUGCGACGUGGACCACUUGGACCUCUCGCUGGCCGCGUGGAACGCACUCACUGACAACUCUCCCUACAGCGUUGCCAAGAUUGACUGGGUUUUCGUCUGA